CCACCUGGGAUUAGAGCAUGUUCAAUCUUCUCCGAUAACAUAUUUGAGUGGAUUUAAAUUUUUUAUUCAAAAUCCGCCACGAAUCGGAUUGUUGGGCAAACAUAAAUCGAUUGGAAUAUUAAAAAAAUAAAACUUUUUCAGCGUUUUCUUUACAAUAUAUAAGACUGUGAGGGGGUGCUAAAGAAAAUUGAUUAUCGUCAUUUUCUUCGUAGAUCGUCGUUAUCAGCUGUGCUUGUCUCAGUGGCUACUUAAUAUCGUCAUUCCUGAAGCUUUUUAGUCAGCUGAUAUUAUGGCGGUCGAAAAGUCUGGAAUCGCCAAAGAUAUUACAGAAUUGAUUGGCAAAACGCCAUUAGUAUAUCUAAAUAAACUUGUGGAUGGCUGUGUUGCCCGAGUCGCCGCCAAAUUGGAAUUAAUGGAGCCAUGCUCUAGUGUAAAAGACAGGAUUGGCUAUAGUAUGAUUGCUGAUGCAGAAGAGAAGGGACUUAUCACACCUGGAAAGAGUGUCCUUAUUGAACCAACAAGUGGUAAUACUGGCAUUGGAUUAGCCUUCAUGGCAGCAGCCAAGGGUUACAAGCUCAUAAUUACAAUGCCUGCUUCAAUGAGUCUCGAAAGAAGAAUUAUUCUAUUAGCUUUUGGAGCUGAGUUGGUUUUGACAGACCCUGCAAAGGGAAUGAAAGGAGCUGUUCAGAAAGCAGAAGAGAUAUUGGCUAAGACACCCAAUGCCUACAUCCUUCAGCAAUUUGAAAACCCUGCCAAUCCCAAGAUACAUUAUGAAACCACUGGUCCAGAGAUAUGGAAAGGCUCUGAAGGGAAAGUUGAUGCACUUGUUUCUGGGAUAGGUACUGGUGGUACCAUAACAGGUGCAGGUAAAUAUCUUAAAGAGCAGAAUUCCAACAUAAAGCUGUUUGGUGUGGAACCAGUUGAAAGUCCAGUGCUCUCAGGCGGAAAGCCUGGUCCACACAAGAUUCAAGGGAUUGGUGCUGGUUUUGUCCCUGGUGUCUUGGAAGUCAAUCUUGUUGAUGAAGUCGUUCAAAUAUCAAGUGACGAAGCGAUUGAAACUGCGAAACUUCUUGCCCUCAAAGAAGGCCUAUUUGUGGGAAUAUCUUCUGGAGCUGCAGCUGCUGCCGCCAUUAAGAUAGCAAAAAGACCAGAAAAUGCUGGAAAGCUUAUUAUUGUUGUUUUUCCAAGCUUUGGCGAGAGGUACCUGUCCUCUGUGCUAUUCGAGUCGGUCAGACGGGAAGCUGAAAGCAUGACUUUCGAGUCCUGAAUUCCUGUUUUAAGGCUUUUAAGCUGCUUUACUUCCGAUUUUUCAAGUUGUGAAUUUUAAUAGGCUUAACCGCUUAACUAUUGGCUGUCAAAAUACUCUCUGUGAUUCUGAAAUAAAACUUGCUUCAAAAGAAAGAUGGAAUAAAGUUGGCAGUCGAGGAUAUAUAGUGUCUGCUGUCUAGAAACGUUAGGUAAAAUAUGCAUGAAAGAAAUAUACAGGUUCUUCAUAAUUCUACAGCCAAAAUGUGAUUAGAAUUGUAUUCUACAUACACCAAUGUCCCCAUCAACCCUUUGAUGCGGAAAUUUUACAAAUUCACGAGGAACCCAGCUACCAAUGAAAAAAACAUAGUAUAAUAGCAUAACGGCAUAACUCUAGCAGCAUGGGGGAUAUAGACUAACAUUUUAAUGCCGAACGCAUUUUGAAAGGAACACUUUGCUACUAACAUUUUAGUUUGGGAUCACUUCAAAAUUUGAUUUGUAGAUCAUGCACUUCACAAAUGAAUUGAACGAGUGACAUCACCACC